UCUGAAAGGAUUAGAGAGACCACGCCUGGUGCUCACCCAAAGGGGCAACACUUUGAAGAACCUGCUGUGAAACAUCAGUCGGAAACAUACAGAGAUCUUUUGAGUGCAAGGACUCUAAAGAAAACGUCUGUUACUCAGGAUAGAGAAUCAAAAUUUAGUGAUCUGUGUGUAGGGGACCAUAUUUGCUUUCAAGCCAGAGCAGGUUGGGUGCAUGCUGGUGCAGGGAUUUGGAACAAAACGCCCCCUAGAGAAAGUAAUAGGGGCGCUAAUUUCUCUGUCUCAGGCGUUUAUGGACAUUGCAUUGUGAUUGGCAACACUUUUUGUGCACCUCCUUGCAUUGUCGACAGUUUUGAACAUUCAUCAAAGAAAUUAACACCCUCCAAAUUUUGGGGGCGGAGAGUAAUACAUGUUUAUGACAAACUCCUGGGUUAUAGCAUUCUUGAAGUGACAUCUCAGCCGUCAUCAAGUGACAUUCCUGACAUUCACAGUGACAUUCACAGCCUCUCACCGUUAGGAAAAAACAACCUGAGCAACAUUAAUCCAGACUUGAACUUUCCAAAAGUUGCCUUUCUUAUUUAGCCCAAAAUCAUAUCUCUUUUUUUUUUCUUCACAUCUUCCAUUUGAUCAAUUACUUUAAGUAUAACGUAAAGCAGUUUUGUAAACAGCCAGCGCCUUACAAAUAUUUGUUCUGCGCUAUAUGGUGUACCUGCAACAUUUUUCGAAACUUCAUUAAGUUUUGAAAUAAGACUUGAUUUAGAUAAACAUUGCAAUCACACUUUAAGUUAUAACAUACAGACGCUUUGUAAACAGCCAGCGUCAAAAAAAUAUUAGUUCUGUUCUAUUUGGUGUAUCUUCAAAAAAUUUUGAAACUUCAUAAAGUUUUGAAAACGGUCAGUAAAGAAGAAAAAAUGAUGCAGUUUGAUGAAACUGACCAAUCUCGACUUGGCCAACCAAAGCAACUGUUGCUACAACUUAACGGCCUCACGUCGAGCUCCAUAUCUGCUGAAGAUAUCAAGUUAUCAGUCGACAAACUUACUGAGCUGUCGAAUAUGGACAACAAUGGGGCCGGCAAGAAGGACCACAUACCGAGACCCAACCAAGUUCGCGUUGAUGGUGCCGGAAAUGUCAGCAUCAUUGGAUCCAACAACAUAGUGACAGUGUUCGAUGGGAAACCAGUGAAGAACGAAACCCCUUCCCUUGCUUCCCUGAACAUGGAGCAAGAGAUGAACCGGCUAGCGACUUUCAAGAAUUGGCCGCACAGCGCGCCGGUCACAGCUAAUGCUCUCGCUAGAGCUGGGUUUUUCUUUUUGGGCAUUGGCGAUCAGGUUCAGUGUUUUGCCUGCUUAGGAAUCAUCAAAGACUGGGAAUUUGGUGACCAUGCAAUGGGAGAACACAAAAAGCAUUUCCCGAGAUGCCCCUUUGUCCGGGAUCCGACUUACAAGAAUGUUCCGCUUGUCGCCGAACAAGCCAAAUCGGGAGCUGCCGGUGGCGCUCCGGCAGAGAAACGGGCCAAAGAGAAAGCUGCGGAGCUCUACAAAGCCCCGAAUAAUGCCAAGAAAUCUCAAAGUGGGAAGAAAGGGUCCGGGAAACCAGUGAAGGGUGGCGGAUUUAAUGAGAGCCUGAAGUCCUGUGAGGGAAAUCCAACUCGGCAACCCACCAUCGAUUCGGCCGAGACUGAAGUGCGACUGACCUUCCGGAGUGAGUACAAGCGGCUCUUGUCGUACCACAGCUGGCCCCGGAACCACCCCAUGGAUCCCCGCGACCUGGCAAAAGCCGGCUUCUACUUCCUGGAAAAAGACGACAUCGUGCAGUGCUUCGCCUGCUUCGGCAAAAUCCGGGACUGGGAACCUCAGGACAUCCCUCGGCAGGAGCACACACGGCACUUCCCAAGCUGCCCCUUUGUCAAGGGUCUUGAUGUCAAAAACGAGCCAAUCACAGAUCUGCAGAUGGCCAACGCAGUCAGUAUAGCCUACCGGGAGCCAUCAGGAUACGAAAACACACUGCAACAAUUCUCAAAGCAGUUGGAAGCGGCUCUGCCCCAAACAGCCAAAGUGACAAGUCAGUGGGAGCAAGUGGCAUCACCGAAUCGCGUCCUGAACAGGCCCAAGUACCCAGACUAUGCUGGGGAGAAUGCAAGAGUGGCCACCUAUGCCAACGGCUGGCCAGGAAUCCUGGGGAUCACGCCGCAACAGCUAGCACGAGCUGGAUUCUUUUACACAGGUGAGGGAGACAGCACCAAGUGUUUCUAUUGCGGUGGGGGGCUCAAACACUGGGAGUCCACCGAUGAGCCCUGGACAGAGCACGCGAAGUGGUUCUCAGUCUGUGAGUGGCUGCUCCAACAGCGAGGAAGGACGUUUGUGAGCUACGUCGUCCGAAACUUCCCUGUUGACACAUCACAGUUGAGACAAGCAAGAAAUACCCAAUCAGCAGCCCCGACAUCAGCUCCAGCGCCCGCACCAACUCCAGCCAAGGCAGCCAAGGUAGCCACCUCCCCACGCCCUACAGCCUCCGCCUCCCAAGAACCUCCUGAAGACGAGGCCGGUGUGAUCUACAAGAAAUUUGCCAAGGAUGACCCACUGGACGAAGCAAUGAAUAGUCGGUUGACCAAACGUGUCUUGGAAAUGGGCUACGACGCCAACUUGGUCAAGCAAGUCGUCCGCCGGCAACUCCGGACAGCAGGGAAGGCGUUCGAAAACACCAACGAUCUUUUGGAAGCCGUUUGGCAGGCCGAGGAAUUACGAGAAGCUGGAAAAUGGGAAGAAGACGUUGAAGAAGAAGAGGUGGAAGAGUUCAGGGGCGGAGCCAAGGGUGGGGCGGAGAAAUUCAUUGCACAGGUGCCCGAGAAACGGAGCAAGGAUGCUGGGAGAGGAGAGGAUGAACUUGGCGUGCUGACACAAAAGCUUGAAGGGAUGAGAGUUGGUGAGCAUCAGGCCACUGCGACGGUUGGACAGACUAGAGUAGAACCCACAGAAUGGCAGCAUCAACAAACACCCGAAGAGAUUGAGCGUGAGAUUGAGCGACUUCGCGACGAGAAACUGUGCAAAGUUUGCAUGGACAACGACGCCAACACGGUUCUCAUGCCGUGCACGCACCUCGUAGUGUGCGAUAUGUGCGCCAACUCACUACGCUAUUGCCCAAUAUGCCGACAGACCAUUACAAACGUUGUCAAAGUCUUUAAGUCGUAACUGAUGGAUAUGAUGAAAAAAUAGUAGGAGCUUGUCAAGGUCUUCAAAGUUUUGCUUGAGUCUGUAACCACUGCCAAAUGAUUUCCAGGAUGUCAUUUCUUUAAAUUGUAUGCUGGCAAUAUGAUCAAGUGGCUCAAGUGGCUCAAGUGUCUUAAGUGGUUCAAGUGGCCCAAGUGGUUCAAGUGGUUCAAGUGGCUCAAGUGGCUCAAGUGGCUCAAGUGGCUCAAGUGUCUCAAGUGUCUUAAGUGGUUCAAGUGGCUCAAGUGGCUCAAGUGGCCCAAGUGGUUCAAGUGUCUUAAGUGGUUCAAGUGGCUCAAGUGGCCCAAGUGGCUCAAAUGGCUCAAGUGGCUCAAAUGGCUCAAGUGGCCCAAGUGGCUCAAAUGGCCCAAGUGGCCCAAGUGGUUCAAGUGGUUCAAGUGGCUCAAGUGGCUCAAGUGGCU